AAGUUAAAGAAAUUAAAAGCAAGCAUAGUUCUAGUAUGAGGAAACAGGAUGAUAGAAAUAAAAAAGAUGAUGAGGCUUAUCUAGGAAUAGACCAAAAGAAUGAAAAUCAAAUAAAGUUGAAGAGUAUAUAUAAAAGUCAAAGAAACAAAACUAAGAAAAAUUUACUAUUGAUCAUUUUUUUUGUACCUUCUUAUUCAAUCGGUGCUGAUAUAAUAAAUCAGAAAGCUGGUAUUACUUCUGAACAAUUGUUAACUAUUGAUCCAAAUGAUCAAGUAGAAACUAUAAAAAUGAUUAAAUUAAAAAAAUAUAGAAUAAAAGUUCCAGAUUUACAAGCGGUAAAAGAUCAAUUGAAGAAUAAAAGAAACAUAUAUGAAGACAAUCUUGAUAAAGACCAAGAGGAUACUAAUAGUGAUGACGAAACUGUAAUUGAGGAUAACAAUGAUGCAAGUAUUGAGCUCACAUCUAACAAAAGGAGUAUAUCACAAUUUUUCUUUAGAAAAACUGUGACUGAACAUAAUAUAGGUAGUAAUAAUACUGUGU